AAAUUUCAUGUAAACCAUUAUAUUGAACAAGAAAAUGGUUAUGUACAUAAGAAAAUCAGCUUUACCAUUAUCACGAUCGAUUACAAAAAAUUUUACGUUAAUUCGUCAAAUGAGCAUAGAUCCGAAAUUAGAUUCUGUAAAAUCCUUGUUUUACAAAGAAUAUGGAGAACCUGCAGAUGUUUUACACAUUACAACACAAGCUAUUAAUCAACCAGAAAAUAAUCAGGUUUCUGUAAAGUGGUUAUUAGCACCUGUUAAUCCAGCAGAUAUAAAUACAAUACAAGGCAAAUAUCCAAGUAAACCACCUUUACCAGCUAUUCCAGGAAAUGAAGGAGUUGGUGAAGUAAUAGCUAUCGGAUCUAAUGUGAAAAACCUAACAGUUGGUGACAGAGUUAUUCCAAAUGGUACGAAUUUAGGAACAUGGAGAACACACGCAAAUUAUAAUUCAGAUGAGCUUAUGAAGAUUCCAAAAAAUGUUGGAGCCAUAGAAGCUAGUAUGUUAAAUGUAAAUCCAUGUACAGCAUAUAGAAUGUUAAAAGACUUUGUAUCAUUGACACCCGGAGAUACUGUGAUUCAAAAUGGUGGAAAUUCUGCAGUAGGACAAAUGGUUAUACAAUUAUGUAAAACAUGGAACUAUAAAUCAGUCAGCGUUGUCAGAGAUAGACCAAAUAUACAAGAACUAAAGGAUCAUUUGACCAAAUUGGGUGCAGAUGAAAUAUUGACUGAAGAUGAAAUAAGGAAAACACAAAUUUUUAAAAGUAAGAAGUUACCAUCACCCAAAUUAGCUCUUAACUGCAUAUGUGGACAAAAUGCAUUAGAUUGUUUGAGGCAGUUAGCACAUGGAGGUAUUAUGGUAACUUAUGGUGGUAUGUCUAGGGAACCUAUAACAGUUCCAACUUCAGCACUUAUUUUUAAGGAUAUAACUUUAAAAGGAUUCUGGAUGACAGCAUGGACAAAGGCAAAUAUGAAUUCCAAAGAACGUGUAAACAUGUUCACUGAAUUAGGAACAUUAUUCCAACAAAAGAAAUUAAAAGCUCCACCACAUAAGUUAAUUCCAUUUUGUCAGUUUCAAGAAGCAGUUAUAAAUGCACUUAACAUUGAUGGUCGAACUGGUGUAAAGUAUAUUUUAGAUAUGACUAAAUCUUAAAGUGAUUUUUUUUAAGAUAAGAAUUUUUUAGUUUCUUAAUAAAAC